GCGCAUGACCGUGUGUAGGAUCGCGUGCUUGAUGGCUUUUCGUAAGUGGGUUUCAUAGAUCACGUGGUGUAAUGUUAACAGCCAUUUUUAAAACGACGAGAAGACUGUACAGCUUUGAGUAUAAAACUCACGUGAAACUUAAAGAGUCUCAAUGGCAGGCCGUGGUUCAUGUGUACGAGGUUCUAGAGGGCCCAGCUUUGCUCAGAUUUUAAAGAAGAACACGUCUGUACCUCCUGGAAUGCACAUGCCUUUCCUGGCCCCGAACUUCUCUGUUAACCUUAACAACAACAGCGCAGAUGUGGGAUCAAAAAAGGAUGUUCUUCCCAAAUCAGCUACUAAAGGUGCUCAAAAUGCACCAGCUAAAGAAGAAACAAGACAAAAGAACAUCCCAGAAGAGCUUCUUGAAAAAUACAGGAGAGGAGAAACACAUGCUGUAUCGGCAUUAUAUGAGUUGGCACAGUUACUGCAAUUUCAUCUUGAGUUCAAGGAAACGGUAACCACAGGUAAUAUCCAAGGACUCUACUUUGCAUUCUGUGCUGUAAUUGAUGGUGUUGAGUACAAGACAGGAAUGGGACAGAAUAAAAAGGAAGCAAAGGCCAGUGCUGCAAGAUCUGCUCUUGAUGAGUUCCUGCAGUCUCUUGACAAAAAGCCAAAGCUCCUUGAAGCAUCAGCAGGCCCUCCUCCACUGCCUUUGAAACCCAAGGGGAGUCUGUGCCAUGAACCUUUACAUGCAAAGUUUAGUUAUGAAAGAAAAAACCCAAUGUACGAAAAGAUUCCACUAGCUGUGAAGCAGAUGCUCAACAAGCUGAUUGACAAGCAUCCAGAGUUCCGAAGCUGUGGGGGUACUGUGGCAGCUUUUGUGAUUGAAACUCCAACAGAAUGUGAAGUUGUGGCUAUAGGAACGGGGGACUUUAACACGAGUGAGAGUGUUUCUGCUAAUGGCAGGACCCUGCAUGACUCGCAUGCUGUUGUUUCUGCAAGACGCUCCCUGCUACGGUUUCUCUACAGGCAACUUUUACUGUUUUACAGUAAAAACCCUACAAUGGUAGAAAAGUCCAUAUUUGUACCAGACCAGACAACAAAACUGCUCAUUCUGAAAACAAACAUUACAAUUCAUUUGUACAUGAAUCAACUGCCAAAAGGAGCUGCUCAGAUUCAGCCACAGUUGCGCCUAAACCCACACUCCAUUUCUGCAUACGAGGUGAGCCACCAGAUGGGGCUUCAUGUGACUAUUGAUGGCAAGGUCUUCUCUACGUUCUCAUGCCAGUUUGACCAGGUCGCCUCCAAAGUAGUGAGCAUGUCGGCCAGUGACAAACUUAUGCAGUGGGAAGUGCUUGGCUUCCAAGGAGCCCUCUUAAGCCAUUACAUAGAGCCCAUUUACAUUAGCAGUAUUUUAAUGGGGGAUGCUAACUGCAGUGAUGUAAGGGGAAUAGAGAUAGCUGUAAAACAGCGAGUCGAUGGGAUUACUUCUAGGUUGCCAAUGUACUAUUGUGUCUACAGACCUCAUAUUAAUCUGGUGUCCUCAGCCCACCCCAUAGAAAUGAGUCUGGCACAAAAAACACUCAGUAUGAACUGGAGCCAGGGAGACAUUUCCUUGGAAAUCGUUGAUGGUUUGACUGGAAAAACAGUUGAGAGUUCCCCAUUCAAAACUGGUACAGCAAUGGCAAGCCGCCUCUGCAAAGCUGCAAUGCUUAGUCGUUUCAAUUUGGUUGCCAAAGAAGCAAACAGACAAGAACUUCUUGAAGCUGUUACUUAUCAUGAAGCAAAGAUGAUGGCGAAACCUUACCAAGAAGCCAAAAAUGUGCUGAGGUCCUAUGUAAUGCAGCAUGGUUUUGGUACUUGGAUUGUGAAAUCUCCUGUCUGUGAACACUUUAGUAUGUGAUUGCACAUGAACGUAGAAGUCAAGGUUUGAAGGAAAAAUAAAGAUUUGUGCAUUGAAGAGUCAAAUACAAGCAGUUACAGUAAUGCCCAGUACAUUAAUGCAAAAAUUGGUUGACAUGUUGUAACACUAAUACAAAACCAUUUCAUAGAUUAUUUGGCAAGCAGGUAAAUAAAGUCAGGACUUGUAUUUUUCAAUCUUAGACCAGUUUGUUCAUACUUCAUUCUCUAUUUGUGUAUAUUAUAAGACAUUUGUGAUUGCUAGAAAGAAGAAAGAAAAAAGAAAAUGUUAAAAUUACUUGGAUAAUGACUUCAAAUGACUUUCAUACUUUAUUUUCUUCUCUUGUUCAUAAGUUUUGGGAAAACAAACUAAUGUGGUUUUUGAAAGAAAAAAGUGACCUGGUUUGGGUGUUUCAAAUAAGUAUUUUUUUGUUUUUCAUGUCUUAGUUUGAACUGGUUUACAUAGUAUUCUGGAAUACAGAAUAAUUCUUUGGAACAUAUUACAUUAUUUUCAGGGACAAUUGAAGAAUCUUCAAAGUCAGUCUGCUGUUCCACAUACAGUAUCACUAGGUAUCAAAGUUUACUGUGUAGGACCCUUUAAUAUCAGUUGUUUAGAGUACACUAUUUUGGCAAAUGUAUCUGUGGUAUUAAUACUGAUACAACUCAAGCUUUCAAAGAUAGCAUUGCAUUUUCUGCAGUGCAUCAAACCAGAUGCUGGGAAAUGCUUUCUAAAUAUAGGUUGUGGUUUUCAUAGCAUUAGCAUAGUCAUUAAGAGUAACACAGACAUCGAUGUAGGUGUACUCCUCUUGAAGGACUGUUGGAAUUGGAUGGAGAAUUUGCCUACAAGGGAUGGUAAAAGUUUAACCCUAAACCAUUUUCAUUUAACAGAUUGUCAGUUUAGUUUCAGAAUAUGUUACCCAGUUAAUGUAAAAUGUGUAAUUGUUUUCAGUUUAAAGUUACACCCCAUAUUAAAACAAAUAAAUAA